AUGGGCCUAGACACCCGCACUCCCAUCACCCUAUGGAAAGACAAAGCCAUGGUGGAAGCCAACUUGGCAGUGCUUCACAGCUUCCAGCAGAAAGGUGUCACCAUCGUUGACCAUCACACGGCUUCCGAGUCCUUCAUGAAGCACCUCGAAAACGAGGUUAGGCUCAGAAACGGGUGUCCAGCAGACUGGGUUUGGAUUGUGCCACCACUGUCUGGAUCUGCAACACCGGUGUUCCACCAGGAGAUGGCAUUGUACUAUUUGAAACCGUCUUACGAAUACCAGGUUGGUCAACAGAAAUAUUCUUUGUAG